AUUUCUGCAAUCUGAUUGGUGAAUUAUAAUUAGGACCAAACAUACUCACGUGAUCUGAAAAUGGCAGCCUACUGUAAUUUUGACUCAUUGAAUGUUUUAUUGAAGGCCUCGUCAAAAGAUAUAGUCAUCAGAUUAUGUAAUGAAGCUGCUGUGCAUUCUGGGACAAUAUUUUCUGAAACUAUCACAACAACAGCAGCAGACUGUUUAUCCGUUGAUAAUAGAAAUGCUCAACAGGUUUUACAAUCAUUGAAAUCACUCUUACAAGCAGCAAUAUUCCAAGGUCACACAAGUCCAACAGAGAUACAGACCCUGUUUCCAGGUAGUUUCCAUAAGAACCUUAGAGACUUACUUAUCAAGAUCAUUGUUGAUAAUAUAAACAGCUGGAAAACAUAUGCCAUAAAUAACCAAGUAUCUUUACCGAGAUUGGUUGAUUUUGAUUGGAGAGUAGAUGUUAAAACAGCCUCAGAUGCAAUAAGUAGAAUGUCUGUACCAACUUGUAUACUACAAAUGCAGGUGCAGGAGAACUCAGACAAAGUUGGUCAAACCGCUGAUAUUUCAAAUAUAAAUGUAGAACUUUCCAAAGAGACCUUAGAUACAAUGUUAGAUGGACUUUCUAAAAUUAGAGACCAGUUAUCUUCAGUGGCUAAAAGAUGAGGGCCAAAACUUUUUUAACUUGUUUAUUAUAUAAGUGAUGUUGAUAAAGAAUUGAAUGUUUCGGAGAGCUAAUUCAAAAAUGAUUCUUAAGCAGUAAGGCACAACAUUUACUGUCAAAUUAAGACAUGUAACUUCAUACUCAUUUCAAUGAAACAUAAACUCUGAGUUACAUGAAUGCAUAGAAAGAGGGAUAAUAGUGCAAUUAUAUACAU